AGGGGGCAGCAGAGAGCGAACGCAGGAAGUGAACGCUCAGUAGAAAUAUGGCUUGCUAGAAAAACCUGCUACAUUGUGGAGUAAUUUAUCCUUCGUUCCUUAAAAUAUGAAAUUGUACUGUUUGUCAGGUCAUCCCACUUUGCCUUGCAAUGUGCUCAAGUUUAAGUCCACCACAAUCAUGCUGGACUGUGGACUGGACACCACGUCUGUCCUCAACUUCCUGCCUCUUCCUCUGGUGCACAGCCCCAGACUAUCCAAGCUCCCUGGAUGGAUCCCAAAGGACGGAACAAUGAAUUUGGAAAAGGAGCUAAAAGAAUGUGCCGGAAGAGUAUUUGUGGACUCACAGCCUGAGUUUUGUCUACCUGAGAGAGAGUUAUUGGACUUGUCUACAAUUGAUGUCAUCCUUAUCUCCAACUAUCACUGCAUGAUGGCCCUGCCAUACAUCACUGAACACACGGGCUUCACAGGGACCGUGUAUGCCACAGAGCCCACUUUACAGAUUGGGAGAUUGCUGAUGGAAGAGCUGGUGAACUUCAUGGAGAGGGUUCCUAAAGCUCAGAGCGCCACCUCAUGGAAAAAUAAAGACAUGCAGAGGAUGCUUCCGGGGCCUUUGAAGGACGCAGUGGAUGUGUGGACGUGGAAACGAUGCUACGGCAUGCAGGAGGUCAACUCGGCCCUCAGCAGAGUGCAGCUCGUGGGUUAUUCCCAGAAAGUGGAGCUUUUUGGAGCUGUGCAGGUCUCCCCAUUAAGCUCUGGCUACUCGCUGGGAAGCUCCAACUGGAUCAUCCAGUCCCAUCAUGAGAAAGUGGCGUACGUGUCGGGUUCAUCACUGCUCACCACACACCCACAGCCCAUGGACCAGAGCUCUUUGAAGAACAGCGACGUUCUCAUUCUGACUGGCCUCACUCAGAUGCCCACAGCCAACCCGGACGGCAUGCUGGGAGAAUUCUGCAGUAACCUGGCCAUGACGAUCCGGGCGGGAGGAAAUGUGCUGGUCCCCUGCUACUCCUCUGGAGUCAUUUACGACCUCUUGGAGUGUCUGUAUCAGUUCAUAGACAGCGCAAACCUGGGCACCACGCCCUUCUACUUCAUCUCACCUGUCGCCAACAGCUCGCUGGAGUUCUCUCAGAUUUUCGCAGAGUGGCUUUGUCAUAACAAGCAGUCAAAGGUUUAUCUCCCAGAGCCGCCGUUUCCCCACGCAGAGCUGAUUCAGACCAACAAGCUGAAGCACUACCCCAGCAUCCACGGAGAUUUCAGCAGCGACUUCCGGCAGCCCUGCGUGGUUUUCACCGGCCACCCCUCCCUCCGCUUCGGAGACGUGGUUCACUUCAUGGAACUGUGGGGCAAAUCCGGCCUGAACACCAUCAUAUUCACAGAGCCGGAUUUCUCCUACCUGGAUGCUCUGGCUCCUUACCAGCCAUUAGCCAUGAAGUGUGUCUACUGUCCCAUCGACACGAGACUCAACUUCCACCAGGUGGCGAAGCUGCUUAAGGAAGUGCAGCCCCUCCAUGUGGUGUGUCCAGAGCAGUACACCCAGCCUCCCAUGACCCAGUCCCACCGCUCUGACCUGAUGCUGGAGCUGCAGCCGCCCCCCAUGCCCUACAGACGCUGCUCCGUCCUCAACCUGCCCUUCAGACGCCGCUACGAGCGCGUCUACAUCCUGCCGGAGCUGGCCCAAUCACUCGUUCCCACUGAGGUGAAACCUGGCGUCUCCAUAGCAACCGUGUCUGCAGUGCUGCACUCAAAGGACAAUAAGCACACCUUACAGUCGGUGCCCAAGCCCCCACCUGUUCCCCCCACCAAGAAGAGGAAACGAGUGAUGGAGGAGCCCCCGGUGGCCCCCAAACCGUUGCUGAGUGGAGCUGUGCCCCUGGAGGCCUUCCUAGCCACAUUGCAAAAGCACGGCAUCACGGAGGUCAAAGUGGAGGAGACAGCGGAUGGACACAUUCUGCACCUGCAGGCGGAGGACACGCUGAUCCAGCUGGAGGAGGACGGGACGCACAUCGUCUGUGACAACAACGAGCCGCUGCGCACGACGCUGCGAGACCUGGUGCUGCGAUUCCUGCAGAAACUCUGAGGGCUCUGUGAGCUGCUCUUCUCCUGCACUGCGUAGCUUACAGGAGGAGGUGAGGGUUCAAACCUGCACUGUUAUGUAAUGUUAGGCCCUGUUUUUAUAAUAUGUGUUAUUUUUCAGUAUUAAAAUAUUUUGACUUUUGGAUCAAA